ACACAUUGAUAAUUGAAACUGAGGAGCAAAGGAGUAGCAACCAAACAAUUACUAAGAAAAAUAGUGUGCCUCCUAAAACGAUUCAGGAUUUCAUAAAUCCAAUUGUCCGUGUGUCCAUUACAAGGGAGGAUAUACAAAAUGCAUGUGCUUUGUUGUGCACAGUUGAUGGAAGACCAUUUUCUUUAAUGAACGACAUCGGAUUUAAGCGGAUUCUGAAUCCGUUAAUUGAAGGAUUAGGAUGUGAAAACUUUACUAAUCCUCAAAACGUCAGUGAUGAUGUUGUAGCCAAAUCAAAGAAGGUCGUCGAAAAAAUAAAAGAAGAAACUAAAGGAAAAAUGAUCGCACUUAAAAUCGACGGCUUGACUCAUCUGAAUCGAUCGUUUAUUGGAGUAAACAUACAAUUUAUUACUGAUGGACAUCUUGUCCUGCGCACAUUGGCAACUGAAGAAAUGUUUGCCUGCCAUACUGCUGCAAAUUUAAAAGACACCAUCCUUUUUGUUUUAAAUCAAUUCGAUAAUGGACGGAAUAUGGUCAAGUUUGUGGAACUUCUAAGUAACGAAAACAUUCCGGAGGAGUUAUACGACGACUCUUCAUACGAGAAUGAAACCGAUGUCGACAACGACUUGUCUUUUAUGAAUGACGUUAAUUUUGAAAAUAAGUGCAUAAGUGUUCGUUGUGUUGCACAUACUCUUCUGUCGGCGGUACUUACAGACAAAAAUUGUUCGAAAACAAUUGGUUUUGCCAGGAACUUGGUCAAAAAAUUGAAGGAGAAAAAUCUAAGAAAACCGCCCAUUGAUUGUCCUACGCUUUGGAGCUCGUCCUACAAAAUGUUAGCGUAUUUGGUAGAAGAUGCAGUAUACCAUUUUUGCUCAACUUAUGCAGUGGCUAAUUCCGAUUUAUAUCUGGAUCAAAAAGUUUGGGAUUCAAUUUGCGAAAUUGAAAGCCUAUUAGAGCCAGCUGAGGUUGCCACAACAAAACUUCAAAGCCAAAAUUUGGUUUUCGGAGACUUUUACCACAUUUGAAUUAGUUGUAAGCUACUCGUGCAGAAAAAUAACUCAAAGUUGGCCAAAUUUUUGUUAAGAGCACUGGAAGAUCGUGAAAUUUUAUUAUUUGAAAACAAUGCAUUUCUGUGUGGAAUAUUCUUAGAUCCCAGAUUCAAUAAUACCCUAAGCAAAAAUCAAAAACAGACUUGUAUUAGUCUAUUAUCCAAUAUUUACUUCCAAAUUCUAUCGAUAUCCAAUAAUUUAAUAUCAAUUCUUGAAAAAAGUUUAGAAACAAGCCUUUCAGAAAGCUCCGACGAAGUUGAUAAAUACCUAAAAUUGGAAGAAGCAAGAUCUGAAGGCUCACCUUCAUGUAUGUCUACAUGCAGCCUUUUAGAAUCAAUACAAAUUUUUCUAAAACAAUGGCGCCUUUCCAAGUCAACAGACAUUAUUAGAUGUUGGUCCGAGUCUUCCGAAAAAAGAGUUGUUUACAAUUUCUCAAGUGGCCCUAUGUGUUCCUGCUACGUAAGUGAGCGUAGAGAGGUUAUUUUCCAACGUUAAGAUUAUCAUGAAUCCGCUCAGAAACCGUUUGGGGCUUUUGAGAACCAAUCACAUGUUUUCCAAAUAAUUAACGUUUUUUCGUAAAUUUAUUAUCAUUAUAAGUAUAAUCAUCUGUAUGAUUUUGGAUCCAUUGAACUAUUAUUAAUGUGCCUUCAAAUAAAGAUUUUAUUUUCUUAAUAAAACAUAAA